UCUGGCUGGACAGCGGGCAUCGGGUCACCAGGCAUCAGGUCAUUUGGCUCGACAGCGGGCACCGCGUCAUCUGGCAAGGCAGUGGGCUCCGAGUCAACUGGUAUGACCGCGGGCACUGGGUCAUUUGGCUCGACAGCGGGCACCGCGUCAUCUGGCAAGGCAGUGGUCUCCGAGUCAACAGGCCCGACAGUGGGCACCGGGUCAUCAGGUACCGGAUUGUCUGGCUCGACAGCGGGCAUCGGGUCAUCAGGUAUGACAGCGGACACUAGGUCACCAGGCAUCAGGUCAUUUGGCUUGCCAGCGGGCACCGCGUCAUCUGGCAAGGCAGUGGGCACCAAGUCACCAGGUACGACGACAGCGGGCUCUGAGUCAAUUGGCACGACAGCGGGCACCGGAUCAGGUACCGGAUCAUCUGGAUCAACAGCGGGCAUCGAGUCAACUGGCCUAAUAGGAUCGUCAGGCUGGAUCAGUUCAUCAUGCUGGGUAGAGGCAUUAGGCUUCGAGUAGAGGCUUCAGGCCGAGUAGAGGCUUCGAGAGAGGCUCAGGCGUACAGGCUUCAGGCUGCGUACAGGCAUCAGUCUGAACCACGGAAGGCAGGUUCACCGGUUUGGAUACUGGCAGGAUGGUACUGGUUGGAAAGAAUUUUCGCUUUUUUCUGGUUUUAACUACUGGAGCACUGCAAGUAAACGCAGGUCUGCAAACGAAUGGAGCAGCUGGAGACAGAGAAGAACUGGAGGAUGGAACAGGAGAGGGAGCAGUUGCUACAGAGGGCUUUUUUACAGGGUUAAAGGCAGGAUAGGUGCAGCGAGUGGGAACAGGGUACUGACAUGCGGGUAGAUAG